CGUCACGCGGAUAGGUGCGGUUUGCGCAGCGCAACUCUCCAGACUGUCCAUGUUCGCCGAAGUGACGCGCCGGAAAGCUAGAGCUUUCUGAAGCGGGGAGAUUUAGACCGUUUAACUUUGUGGUGCAGCUCCAUCGUUCCAGGGGCUUUCCCCUCCACUGAUGGUCUUCGUAUCCCCUGAAAAGCAACGGAACCUCAAGGGACGGAUGAUUUGACCACCACCGCCAGCUCUGAUGUGGCGCGGCUGAAAAGUGUUGGACCUCAACCCGCCGGGCAGUGACCAGGAGCGGGUUACACAAAUCCCAAUAUGCGCGUAAUUGGAGCGCACUGGCGAGGCGUCCCUUGCUCCCCUGUCCGGGAAACGUCAUUGUCGUGAUGUUCAAUACUUCGGGAAUUGAGCCCACUUUUACCAAGAAAGAGGAUAUUUCCGAAGUUAUCAAUGGCACACUGCUUCUGGUCAGCAACCUGCCCGUCACCACCAGCAGCCCCACGGCCAGUUGGAACGCGUCGUGCGGGGAGCAGCUGCAGGAUUUCGGGCGCCCGGAGAAGAUCAUGAUCGGGGUCAUGCUGGCAGUGAUCACGGCGGUGACCGUGAUGGGAAACACGCUGGUGGUGAUUGCGGUGUGCGUGGUGAAGAAACUUCGACAACCUUCAAACUACCUUCUGGUGUCCCUUGCGGUGGCGGACCUGUCAGUGGCCAUAGUAGUGAUGCCGUUCGUCAUUGUGACAGACCUCACGGGCGGCAAGUGGCUUUUUGGGGACUUGUUCUGCAACAUCUUCAUCGGCAUGGAUGUGAUGUGCUGCACUGCCUCUAUCAUGACCCUCUGCGUGAUCAGCGUGGAUAGAUAUCUUGGGAUCACACGGCCUCUCACCUACCCAGCACGGCAGAACGGUCAGCUGAUGGCUAAAAUGAUCCUGGGAGUGUGGCUGGUGUCAGCGUCCAUCACCCUGCCACCUUUCUGCGGCUGGGCCAAAAAUGUCCACACGGCCGGUGUGUGCCUCAUUAGCCAAGACUUUGGUUACACCAUCUACUCUACAGCAGUAGCCUUUUACAUCCCUAUGCUGGUAAUGCUCUUCAUGUACUACAAGAUUUUCAGGGCAGCUCGCAAGAGCGGCGCCAAGCACCGCUUCACGGACUUGUCGCGGCGCGAGCGCCUUGAGACAGUGGCCAACGAAGCGCUGCGCAUGCAGGGCCUGAAGCCGCCUGGCGUGGCAGAGGACUGCGCUGCCUUGUCUCGCCUGCUGAACCGCGAGCGUAAAAACAUCUCCAUCUUUAAGCGGGAGCAGAAAGCAGCCACUACACUCGGGGUGAUUGUGGGGGUUUUUGCUGUGUGCUGGCUGCCAUUCUUCAUCCUGACCACUGCCAGGCCAUUUAUCUGUGGGGUGGAGUGCAGCUGUGUGCCCAUCUGGCUGGAACGCACUCUGCUCUGGUUGGGCUAUGCCAACUCAUUGAUGAACCCCUUUAUCUACGCCUUCUUCAACCGAGACCUGCGCUCCACCUACCGUGACCUUCUCCGCUGCCGCUAUCGCAACAUCAACCGCCGGCUCUCUGCUGUGGGGGUGCACGAGGCUCUAAAAGUGUAAACCUGCAUGAUUAGCAGCAUACAUUUGGGUGCACGCUGGUCCGGUUUUUAAAAUGCAUUCGUUGCCUAAAGGGCACAGCACACACAGCAGACCUGUAGAUAAGACACAGACUGACAGAAAGAAAAGUCACUCUUGGUAGUUGUUAAGGUUCUCCGCGAAGCCAUGGAGACAGCAGGAUUACUUCAGUUUGCAGAUGACUCAGUCAUUCUAUUUUAGGAGAAAACAACAUAGUGCGUCCUUGAUGGGCCACUUAAACUGAAGCUGCUUUUGUGCAUAUGCCACAAUUACAUCCUGGCUCCUGAUUUAUGGUGUGAUAUCGCAGCGACAAAAAGAUAUGACACGUAAACAAAAACAAUUACCCUAGGGCUUUCAGCUAGAACAAAAAUCAAUCAGACAAAUUUCUGUACAUAACCUAAAGUGAUGUUUUAUGGAUAAGAGUAUUUGUUUUGUGGCACAGUGUCUUUCAGCUGUCUUCAUUUCUUCGUGAGCACAUCCUAGAAGUGAACACCUUUAGCAAGGAUUACAGUAAAUGGUAUUUAUGGGCCCUUAUUUCCUGUAGUAGCGUUUACAUUGGGCUGCUCAUGCAAUUCCACAAAGGUUUCAGGAAACUAUAAAGGUUACUGAAAUCGAGGAGAACAGAGCAGAGUGACGUUAUAAAGUGCACCGUGAAGAGAACCUUUUCUGCUCUUGCAAUGGCAGCGUUCAUUAUUUUAAAUGAAACAAAGUGUUCUGUUGUGUCUCUGCAUGAAACAUUUGUCUCACUCUUUGCGGCGCACAUAAACCAAAACAUACAUCAGGAAAAGAGCAAUUUUUGAAGAAGCGUUAAGGCAAAUCUUUGGGUGGUUUAGUCAAACAUUGCACGCUUGAACGAACAUGAACUCAUUCAUUCCUGUGUGUGUCAAGAAUCUUAAUACGGUGGGUUUUUCCUACGCUUGUCAUCUUGCCUUGAUGGGUCUCAUUCCACAGUAGCUCCUGACCUUUUCACUUGAACAAUUGGUCUAUUCCUGAGACUCUUGUUUUUCACUGCGUGUCAACAAUGUUUCCUUGCCCCUUUUGAAAUCAGGAUGCGCUUACUUCCCUCCGGACUGCCCUCCCAUUUUAAGCUCUGCUGUGACCUGUACAAACUCUUGUCAAAUGUCAUCAUUGAACAGUGUGUGCUUUUUCUACCUCAAUUCUUUGAAAAUAAUGUAUUUUUUUUUCCCAAACAUAUGUACUGCUGUAUUAUUAUUUUUUGACUGACCGCUUUUAUAUCAUGUAAAUUAUUCUGUCUAGAACUGCGUGUCAGUGCUCAGUGUGACGGCUUUGUCAUUACUUUUAGAAAACUUCUUAGAAAGCGGCAGUGUAUUUCAUUACUUUGUAAAUAAAGAAGCACUUCAAAUU